AUGUCUCAGUCGACCGCAUCCUCUGUAGCCUUGCUGAAGGCACUGAACUAUCGCAUCUCGUCGACAACCACGGACAAACUCCCGGCAGCGGCUACACAAAUUGCCAGCUCACUCUGGAAUUGCAGAAACAUACUCUCGGCCGCCACGGAUACGAAGCAGAACAACGAAGCCUCAAUCGUGGUACAUCGAUUCAAGACUCAGCUUGGAUCGCUUCUGAAUGAUCGCACUAUCGAAGGGAGAUGGUCCGCAGUCGUUCUCAUCAAAGCAACCAUCGAGGCCGGCGGAGUUGAAAUCCUGUCAAAAUCCAAUGUGUGGGUGCGCAGUCUGCUUGGAAUCUUGAAGAAGCCGGAGCCGCCGACUACUCGCAGUCUGGCAGUGCUGACUUUGACCCGAAUUUUCAUGCUCACUUGGGACUACUCCAACCUCAUCCGGGAAAUCACCACGCCUGCGCUGACGACGUUCAUUCCGACAUGUCUGGCCAAUAUUGAGAACAAGCGGUGUUCUUCGGGAGAAAUACAAACGACUCUCGAAGCAUUUGCAGUAUUGUUGCCGAGACAUCCGACCAUCUUCAGAGCGAAUGAUGCGAAGCUGAGACAGAUCUUGACCAACAUUCUCUUCUCGGCUGACGGUCGUCAUUUCACGAACGAGCACAGGGAGAUUGCGGACCGGCUGUGGGUACUGCUGGCGAACUGUACGCCCAAACAAGGCGGAAGCGAGAAGUGGGAAGAGACGUUGAAAGCUGCUGUGACAGCUGCGCACUCUACUUCUGACCGGCUCUUCCGGUCUGUAGUCGAGGACUGGCAGUCCACCACAGGGGUCUCACCGCCCUCUCAACAGAUACUCAACGGUGAGGUGCAAAGUGAGGAUGGCGCAGGACUAUCAGGCUGGAAAGGCGUAUACGCUGGGAGCGAGAGACUGGUGGCACUGCUUGAUGUAAUUGCAUCACACCUAACUACAGCUUCUCCAGGGUCUGUCUCUGUUCGUGUUGGCAUCGUUGCGGAUCUUCUGACCCGACUUUUCUCUAUCAUCCUGCCGCAAGCCGGCAAAUUCGACUUUGUCAAGCCGAACAACCAGAUCUCGAAGGACGAACGGGAGGCCAUGUUUUCCGUGCUGCCAAAGAUACACGCUGCCGGCAUCGGCAUCGCCAUCUCUCUGCAGGAUCGACUCGGGUCUCUCUCCAUUCCGUGUGCUCAAGGUUUCAUCGACCAGAUCAUUCGCGUUUUCCCGUCCGAGACAAUUGAUUCUCAUGUCCGUUGCACUCUGUAUCGCUUCCUCGCCAAAGCGUUGGACCUGAUCGGGCCAACAAUGUCAAAGAACGAUUUCGUCGAUAUCGCACCAAUCGUUAAGUCCUGCUGUUCGGAUGUCCUACCGGACGACGAUCAGACCUCCGUACCCAGCAUCAACGAAAAUCAAGCCGGCAUCAAACAACAACUUGGCCUCGCUCAAACCCUUCAGACGCACCCGCCUGAAUUUCGCGAACUGAGAAUCGCGGCAUCAACUCUUCUGGCAACGACGCUCUCCCGUCUGGAUGCGAUCUGCAUUCUGCCCAAGCUCCGCGCGCAGAUUGACCGUACGGCGGUGCUCGUCAGAUCCCACGACCUCCUCCUCGCGAGCAUCCUAAACCCGAGCCAAAAACCGAACAGCGCGCGCACGCAAGCUAGCCUCCUUCCUAUCCUCGCCCGGACUCACCCAGACUCCAUCUCGACAGAAACACUACUCCGACCACGAAUGCCGCCUAUCAAGACUGGAUACAAACGCUCAUCCGGCGACGAUGCUGAAGAUGAGGAGGACGAAGAGGAUGAAGAAGAGAUGGAGGCGGAAGAAGCGGAACCCGAGCCCAUCCCUGAGCUGGAGCCCGAACCCGAAGUCGAGCCUGUGUACGAACACCAAGACGAUCUUACCGUGUCUCAAUCCGACAAUGCCGAGCCCACGCCCCUCGCUGCCCUUGCGCAAGAACCUCCUUCUUCAUACGCUACUGCUUUUUCGGAUCCUCAAGCCACGCCGACAGCCAAGCGACCAGCGGCCGAGAGUGCCGAGCAAGACAUUGCUGCGAAACGAAUGCGAAGUGAGGAUGCUGUCGGGGGUGGUGAACAAGUAAUUACGACGAGGACAGUAGUGGAAAUGCCCGUCACUGCAAGAGACGUGGCGAUGGGCGGCGCGGCAGCGGAUGAUGAGGACGAUGGAAGUGGCAGCGACUUUGAGAUGCCGACUCUGACCGCAGAGCUGAGUAGCGAUGAAGAGGAGUAG